AUUCCUGUGGACAUCGUCGAGAUUGACUUCUCCAUCUGGUCGUCGGUUAUUGCUGGCGUUAAUGAUGUCGUUCAGAGCAAAUCGAUUUUCGAUAUUGUUAUAUUUAAUGCCGGUACAAUGUUUCCCGAUGAAUCAUCGACAGUGGACGGGGUUGAGACAUGCUUCCAGGUAAACGUGCUGGGCCACAUGUAUUUGGCAGAUGUGCUGAUUAAAUGCCGUCCGCUAAAGCACCAAAUCCAUUUCGUAUGUGUCUCAUCGGCUUUAUUCAAGCUUUGCGGUGCUACAUGGCCUCGUUGGCGUGUACCUAAAGAAGCUGAUGAAUGGCUUGAAGCGUUCCGACCACGAGUGAGAUCCGGCUGGAGAGCUUAUGCUCUCAGCAAAUUCGCUAUCACUCUGUUGGCAUCACGUCUGAAUCGUGUUGAUGGUGUGACUGCGGUGGCUGUGAAUCCAGGAAACGCCGUCACUAACGUCUCCCGAAAUAUGCCCAAUCGCCAUCGACGAUUUCUUGCCGUUUUCAAGAAGACGCUGAUCAGCGUGGAAGAAGCCGCUGCCAACGUGCUCCGAGCCUGUCUCCAUCCACUUCCACAUGGCAAGUUCUAUGACCAAGCAAAGAAGUCGUCUCUUCCAAAAGCGUUGACAUCCGAACGAUACAUGCACAAUCUCAACCAACUAUCGCAGCAUCUCGUGCUGAGCAUUUCCGAAAACUAA